CCGCGUUUCACCAGUUGCAACCACCAUCCUGGACCCCAGGCCUGGCCUCACAAUGUAGAUGUUUCAAUAUAUGACAAAGUGCAGUCGGACCAUUCAACUUCAGAACGAUUGAUUUACGUUUACCAGAGCGUAUUAUCUUUCUACCAUGGCAUCUGUCGACCCGGAGAGCUCGCCUUAACUAGCGAUGACCACUGUUGACGAUGAGACGAUCGAAGAAUUGGCCCAAGGGCGAUUUGGGAGUACCUUCGCUCAAUCCUUUGUCUUCUCCACUUGUCAUCUAAUGGGCGAAUCAAAUUACAAUCCUCACAUUCCUUUCAACACGCUCGUUCUCCUCGUCUCUCUCUUCAGUCUCGGUCAUGUCCUCGCGUCGCCCAUACGAAACCAAAACUCUAUUCUUUCAGACAAACAGGUGGCCUGCUUCAGGCCGUUUACACAUUAUGCCAGUGCAGCGUACUGUCCCUCUCAGCAAAUAAAGAACUGGACAUGUGGAGAGGACUGCAGAGCCAAUCCAACAUUCGAAGUAGUUGAUGCGGGAGGGGAUGGAGCUGCUGUGCAAUUCUGGUAUGUUGGGUUCGAUGCAAGUCUCAAUACUGUCGUCAUAGGACACCAAGGCACCGACCGUUCCAGGAUCCAAGCUAUCAUAACCGACGCGAUCUUCCUCCCAGUACCAUUGCGAUCGAAAUAUUUCCCUGAUAUUCCAUGGUCUAUCAAAGUUCAUCUAGGAUUCAAAGAGGAACACGCAAAAACUGCAGAAAACAUCCUCCAAGCUGUCACCACUACCUUGAUGCAUCACCCACAGGCAAGUGUAGCCGUCGUUGGGCACUCACUUGGAGGUGCUUUAGCACUGCUUGACUCAUUGUAUCUCGCUCUUCACCUUGCACCCACGACGAAGAUUACAAUGGUUGGGUAUGGUAUGCCGAGGGUGGGUAACGACGCAUUCGCACGCUAUAUCGAUCAGCACUCUACGAUUUCUCUCUAUCAUAUCACUAACAAGAAAGAUCCGGUUCCCGUCAUGCCUGCCCAAACCUUGGGUUUCCAUCAUUGUAACGGAGAGUUGCAUAUCAGAGAAGAUGAUGCAUGGAUUUCGUGUCCAGGUCACGAUAAUCCUAGCAAAGAGUGCAGUGCUGGAGCCGUCGGCAUCUUCGGGAGGAAUGUGAAGGACCACUCCGGACCUUACGACGGGAUUUGGAUGGGCGCAGCUUGCUGAGCCAUUGGCUUCUUUUAUCGACUCGAAACCGAAUAGACCUCGCCAUCUGGAUUCACCACAUUGUAGUUUUUACUAAACCUAUGCCAGCAACAAUAUGGAUUGUUACCUUUACAGAUGGUAUCACCGAAAUCGACCUUGUAUUCUCACAAGAUCUGAUCAGCUCAAUUGGCUUCCACAGCCUGGCCAUCGAAGCCACAGGUCAUCUGUACUACCCAUAAGGAGGCGCGCGUGUAAUCCUGUGAAGUUAUGUCAUUUUGGUGGACUUAACCUAAUGAUUGACCAUUUUGGGGCACUCUAACUGAAUCCUCAGAACAGGA